ACAGGCGGCAACAAGGCGCCCAUCCGCCGCAAGGUCGUCCCCAAGCAGGCCACCUCCCAGGACGACUCCAAGCUCCGCAACCAGCUCAAGAAGCUCAACAUCCAGGGCGUCGGCGCCGUCGACGAGGUCAACAUGUUCAAGGAGGACGGCAUCCUCCACUUCCAGCGCCCGACCGUCCACUGCUCGACCGGCAGCAACACGUACGCCGUGUACGGCCACGGCGUCCACAAGGACCUGACCGAGCUCAUGCCCUCGGUCCUCAACCAGCUCGGGCCCGACGCCAUGGCCGUCAUCCAGCGCCUCGCAGAGCAGAUGAAGGCUGGCCCGGGCGGCGCCGGUGCCCAGGAGGGCGGCGCCCCGACGGGCAUCGAGGGCGAGGCCGACGAGGAGGACGUUCCCGAGCUGGUCGAG